AAUUUUUUUUUUUUUCAGGAUUACUACUAUCCCGUUUCAUAGUUCAAUUAUUAUUUUAUUUUCUUCUUCUUCUUCUUGUGUUCAGCUGAAUUUAUAAUUCAAAAACCAAGAAAACUUAUAUAGAUGAAUUUUAUAAUGAUUUAUUUAUUUUCUGUCGCAAACACAAGAAGGAGCCUUAUCUUUAUCAAAGUUGUGAAACAUGAAAGAAAGAUCAAAACUUUAAACUUCAUUAAAUACAGUUUGAAUCGUCUCAUUCAUACUACUAUAUAUAUUCUUACUAUUCCAAGAUGAAAAAAUGGUCGUUAUAUCAUCUGAUCAUCACCGUUCUAUCUCUUCCACUAAUAUCAGCCGUAGGAGUAGGAGGAUGGGAGCUAAGCAUCCCGACGACGACAGCGACGAGGAGUAGUAGUAAUCUUCGGGUGCGGGAAGGAUCACCGUUCAAGAUCGCAAUCUUUGCAGACCUCCACUUCGGUGAAGACACGUGGACUGAUUGGGGUCCUCGUCAGGAUGUUAACUCCGUUAACGUUAUGUCCACCGUUCUCGACUCUGAAACUCCAGAUUUUGUGGUCUACUUGGGAGAUGUUGUAACGGCUGACAACAUAGCAAUUCAAAACGCAAGCUUGUUUUGGGACAAAGCAAUCUCUCCUACAAGAGACCGAGGCAUUCCAUGGUCUACUCUCUUUGGUAACCACGAUGAUGCUUCUUUCGUUUGGCCUUUGGAUUGGUUCUCUUCUUCCGGUAUCCCUCCUGUUUGCUGCCCCGCAUCCGAUGAUGGAUGCGCGUUUAGAGGAACAACGCGGCUGGAACUGAUUCAGGAAGAGAUGAAGUCUUCCAAUGGACUCUCACACUCAAUGAUUGGUCCUAAGGAGCUAUGGCCAAGCGUAUCUAACUAUGUCCUUCUCGUGGAAUCAUCGGAUCAUUCCAAACCACCCGUGGCAUUGCUAUACUUUCUUGAUUCGGGCGGUGGAUCAUACCCGGAGGUUAUCUCAAAUGCUCAAGUUGAAUGGUUUAAAACCAAGUCUAAUAGACUUAAUCCCGAUUUAAGGAUCCCAGAGUUGAUAUUUUGGCACAUACCUAGUAAAGCAUACAAGAAAGUAGCUCCCAGGCUAUGGAUAAUAAAACCAUGCGUCGGAUCAAUCAACAAAGAGAAAGUUGCUGCUCAAGAAGCUGAAAAUGGGAUGAUGAAAGUUCUUGAGAACAGAUCUUCGGUUAAGGCAGUGUUUGUGGGACACAACCAUGGACUAGACUGGUGCUGUCCAUACAAAAAUAAGCUCUGGCUUUGCUUUGCUAGACACACGGGCUAUGGUGGGUACGGAAAUUGGCCAAGAGGAUCAAGGAUUUUGGAGAUUACUGAAAUGCCUUUUCGUAUCAAGUCCUGGAUUAGGAUGGAAGAUGGAUCUGUACAUAGUGCAGUUAAUCUAACAUAUGAUUAGUCUAUUUAAUUACAUAUGUCAAACUUUGUGAAGAUGAUAUUGCCGAAUUGUUGGUAAAUAUGGGUUAGAGGUGAUUCAAGACAAAAAAAAGAAAUAAUGCUUUAUAAUGAAACAGGAAUAUCUGCAGCA